CUUUUGAGAAGAAAUGGUUGCUUCCUACUGAGCCACCCAAAAAAAAACAACAAUAAACAAGUCAGGUGCAUGUUGACUUGAGCAUCCCAGGCACAAACAGUCAGGUAUGUAAGAAAAUAUUUGAGAUUGCUCUCAUUUUAAUAUGUUCAACGGGUCUGUCUAGUGUGACAAUUUAAGUGAAAGUUAGUGUGUCGCAGUGUCUUUUGGUGUUGAAUGAGGCGCUGUGGCAGGUGUAAUGUAAUCCAUCCUACAUCCACAUCCAACAUCCACUUUUGCUGCCUGGGGAGACGAAUGAAAUGCUCACGGUGAAAUGCUUGUCAGAAAUGUGUCUGUUCAGUUCAGACGUAUCCAACGAUGUGCUCUGUCAGGACUCAUGGCAGGCGGCCGAAAGGUACGCAGGCUAUUUCGUAGGCUGCCGUACAUCUGUCUUCGUCGCCGAUACAAAAUCGUAGCCUGCUGUGCAGCCCUCAUUCUCGUGAUGCUGCGCCUUCAUCACAUGGCAGAGCGAGAGAAACUGCAGAGUGAGGACUUGUCUCACCAGUUGAAUGAGGUUCCCGAAGAAGACAAGAAGGUGGAUAAAUGUACAUCAUUCCACAGCAGAGAGUGUACACCCAUUCCCAUCGAUCUGGUGUACACGUGGGUGAAUGGCACAGACGUGAGCCUGCAGAGGGACCUGAUGGUGGCCAAAAAGCAACUGGAUGCAGAAGAAGCUCUUCUGAGUGUGAAGCCAGAAUGCCCGCUGUCUCAAUGCAUCGUGGCACCAAUGGUGGCGCUUAAUCCUGGCCUUCCGGCCAACAUGACCACUCGAGAGCUACCCUCGGUCUUGCCCUCCUUCUCGCCUGCCAAGGCCCUGCUGCAGUUUACCAAACCACUGCAACCAUCCAACACUGUCUCCGUGGUCGUAUUCCAUUCACGAGCUGACGCUGAAAAGGCCUUGGCAGGCACGCUCAAAAUCAAGAAAUUCUCAAUCUCCAAAUGCUACCUGACGACAGACAAAGAGGCGCCAGGUCUGAUCCAAAUGGAGACCUUGGCCUACCUGACUGGCUUCCCGCAGUCCUACAAAGUGUCAGAGAUGCUGCGAGGCAAAUUGUCGCCCACCGUAAAGAGCAGGAUCACUGCGUUUGAGUUGUACCCGGACGCCGGCAUCGCUCUGCUCUCCCUUAAAAUGCCACAGGACUUCAGUUUUCUCCUGCAAUUGGCCAAAAAUAGUAGACUAAAACUGGAUGGGAAGAAGCUGGCCAUCAGCCCUGUAUACUUGUUCUGGGACAUGAGGGCCAUCGCAGAGUUUUCACAGAAGCGGCCUGCCCCUCCCAAAAAAGAGACCUGGGACUGUCUCACAGCCAACCGCUUCGAGGAGAACGGUGCUCUCCUCUAUUCCUUACGCUCCAUGGAGAAACAUGCGCCGUGGGUGCGACACGUCUACAUCGUCACGAACGGGCAGAUUCCGUCCUGGCUCAAUCUGCAAAACCCCCGUGUUUCAAUUGUCACACACAAGGAAAUCUUCCUGAACAUGAGCCAUCUCCCCAACUUCAACUCGCACGCUAUUGAAAGCCACCUUCAUCGCAUCCCCGGCAUCUCGCAAAAGUUCCUUUACCUCAACGAUGACAUGAUGUUUGGCAAAGACGCAUGGCUGGAUGACUUCUACACCCCAACCGAUGGGCAGAAAGUCUAUCUCGACUGGCCUUUAGCCGCUUGUUCAAAAGGCUGUCCGGCAAACUGGAUCAACAACGGGCAGUGUCAUCGGGAGUGCAACAAUGCCGCUUGUCAAUGGGACGGAGCUAAGAAGACUCAGGCAACCAGCCAGAAGUCAAGCCUGACACAAAACCCACCGAGCUUCUUCUCAAACGAGAAUGAGAACAGAGAUCCCCAUAUCCAGAGCGAACAGCAUGGGGAGAAAAAACAGAUCAACACGGAAGCGGUUGACUGGAAAACUCCUUUGGAGAUGAAGCUCCAACAGUUUGUUUCUUCUUUCAAGGGAUUCCUCAAAUACUUUCAAGAACUACUUGAGGAAGAUGAUCAUCUACAAAGAGCGCGAAGAGAGCAGAGGAAGCUGAAGAUCAGUUUUACUGCCACACUACGAUACGUCAACAGGCUGUACAACCUCAAGUUUGGCGGCAUGAUCCGAAAAGCGAUUGCACACGCGCCCUAUUUGAUUGACAAACUUGUGAUGCAGGAACUGCAGGACACAUUCCCAGAAGAAUUUCGCAAGACCUCAAGCCACCGUUGGCGUCAAUCAGACGGCAUGCAAUAUGCCUUUUCCUACUUUUAUUUCCUGAUGAGCGUUAAGCAGCAGGCUAACAUCUCAAAAGUGUUUGACGCUGCUGACAAGGACCACUCUGGCGUUCUGUCUGAUAGCGAGAUUCAAGCUUUGGCCACAAGCAUCCAUCAGCAGCCGCUCAAACCCAAGGACUUGACGAGGUUGAAAAAUCAGUUGAUCGACUGCUCAAAAACUCUUCCAAAUGACGUCAGGGAGCUGGAACCCAGUCAGGAGGUCUUCCGUGACCAAAAGAUGUCUCAGGUCACUAAAGAACUUAUCAUGAACUGCAAACCUAUCAUAGAUCGCAUUCGCAGUACCUUUCCAGACCAGAAGAAGUACAAGUAUACGGUCAUGGGGAAGGAGGAGAUACAUUUCAAAUUGCUUCACAGUGACGUGGCUGAGGCGGAUCGCAUAUUUGAUGACGUUCGUCAACGACCAAGGUAA